AUGAACGACGAGCAAUUACAGAUCAUCAAGGACAAUCCUAUUGGGGACGGACUCGAACGAUUCCGCAUGUCAUUUAGUUCCAUCUGCCACGACGCCCACCUCCCCCCUACCAUUUUUGGAGAUGUGCUGGAACGGGUUGGCCACCAAAACCUCGGGUCCAUUUUCGGCGCCUUUCUCAAGGCUGCCCAAAAACUUCCCGCUGCCGACCUGCUCCCCGCCAGCAUAGGUCCUGGCACCCUUCGAGACGAUCUUCUGCGCCUUGAACUCUCAGUCCGCGCCGGUCUCUUCUACUUGGGCUUCGACGUCGACCUUAUAAAACCUCUCCUCAAGUCGGCUCUCAUCGAGCCCAUGGAUGACGCGCUGAUAUGGAGUCAAGUCUACUCCUUCCUCGCUGACUUUACGUCGCCGCUCCGGCCGGCCCCAUCAAGGGAGCUUGGCCCGAAAUAUGUCGGGCUCCGGAACCCCCACGCUACAUUCUUGUAUCGAGGGUCUCGAGGCCGCGUCCGAGGCAGUGUUCAAGAGGGGUACGGAAGGGGACAACCCGCUUAUUCGUGUAGAGGAGGAUGGGAUGGGUGGCUGCAAGUUGCGGAUAAGAAUCGGGUCUUAUCCUGGUUUGCAGACCUGAGCGAGAAGUUGGGGGUAUUUGCAGAGGACUAUACGUCUACCCUGACAAAUUCUAUCCCGGGGGAACGGAAGGGUAAUCGAUCCGCCGAUAUCCCUUCGGAGGCAUGGCUCGAUAUUGGGAGAUAUCAAACUGGUUGGGUCUAA